CAUUGAUCAGAAGUCCAGACGCCUUUAGCAGUGCCUGGACACAUCAGCAAUUUGCUUCAUCGUGAGUGAUGACCUUGAAAUGAAGACGUGGAAAGUGAUCGGCUGCCUGUUGUUUGUAUGGCUGGGGAUUAUGGUGUACAUGUCCAACAGUCUAUUCCAGUCCUCGGACAGUAACCCAAGUGACAUUGAACGUCAACUGAAGCGUGCCCUCCGGGAACUAGAUAAACUUAAAGCCCAAAAUGAUGAAUUUAGGAGUUUAGUGACCGAUAUAAAAGAUCAGAUUAACACAGAAAAUGCUGAGCCAAUUAAGAAAAGAGUUGCGGAAGCUGUAAAACCUGUCGCUGUUGUCAAGUCAAAAGUUUGUGACGCAACUGGACCUUCCCUUCUUCAUGAACAGAGGAGGCGUAAAAUUGAGAAUGAUGUCGUAGAGUUUUGGUACUUCAUGCGUUCUGAGCUGAAGAAAAUGAAAAGCACUUCUAAAGGGGAUAUAGUACGAGUAGUAGACAGGGUCCUUUCAGAUGGAGCUAAUUAUCAAAAAACACUACAUAAUGACUUUAAUCUACUGCGGAAUGUUGAAAAUGCUGGUGAAUUAAUGAAGAAGGAAUCGGAGGAACUGGGUCGGCUGGUCCAGAAAAGGUUUAAAUACCUACAGAACCCAAAGGACUGUGCAUCAGCUAAGAAGCUGGUAUGUAAUCUGAGCAAAGGCUGUGGGUAUGGGUGUCAGCUCCACCAUGUCACAUACUGUAUGAUGGUAGCUUACGCCACAAAGAGGACCUUGAUAUUAGAAUCCAGGGGUUGGCGGUAUGCAAGCAGAGGCUGGGAGUCUGUGUUCCUACCACUAAGUGACAACUGCAAGGACAAAAAGGGCAGUAGCUCCAGACCCUGGGCAGAUCCUGAUAUAAUCCGUGAUGCCCAAGUAGUGGAGAUGCCCAUUGUUGACAGUCUUCACCCAAGACCAAAUUAUCUCCCUUUGGCCAUCCCCAUGGACCUAUCAGACAGACUCAUGCGACUACAUGGUGAUCCAGCAGUAUGGUGGAUUGGUCAGUUUGUGAAGUAUCUGACUCGUCCUCAGCCUCAACUACAAACAGACAUGGAGAAUGCCAAGGCCAAGCUUGGAUUCUCUAAGCCCAUAGUGGGGGUCCAUGUGCGGCGUACAGACAAAGUGGGUACAGAGGCAGCCUUCCACAGUAUAGAUGAGUACAUGCUUUAUGUUGAGGAAUACUACGACAGACUGGAGGCCAGGGAACCUGUCCAUACCCGCAAAGUCUACUUGGCUUCAGACGACCCUUCAGUCCUACCAGACGCCAAGUCUAGGUAUCCCCACUAUACGUUUAUAAGUGACAUAGAGAUUACAAAGACAGCAGGACUCAACAAGCGCUACACUGACCAAUCUCUGCAUGGCAUCAUCAUGGACAUCCACUUCCUGUCUCUGUCCGACUAUCUUGUCUGCACUUUCUCCUCUCAGGUGUGUCGCGUUGCUUAUGAAAUGAUGCAGACAAUGCACGCUGACGCCUCAGCUUACUUCAAAUCCUUGGAUGAUAUAUAUUAUUUUGGUGGGCAAAAUGGACACCAUAUGGAAGUUUUAGAAAAGCACAUUUCAAAACAGCCAAAAGAAAUCGAUAUGGAGCCAGGUGAUUCUGUCGGCAUAGCUGGUAAUCACUGGGAUGGAUAUUCUAAAGGAAUGAACCGACGGACAGGAAAGGAUGGAUUGUUCCCAUCCUAUAAAACACAGAGUAAGGUGGUUAUUGUGGACCUACCAACAUAUUCAGAGGUAGAUGAGGAUAGCCACAUUGAUCAGUGAGAAAAUUCAGGUAUAGGUAUACUACAACAUGGAGCAUAUACUAACAUGACAAGGGUUGGUGCCUGUACCUGACUAGGGUGUACACGUCUUUGUGUGUGUUUACUUGACAAGGGUUGACCUGACUAGGGUGUCUUAUCCUGUGUCAACCUGACUAGGGUGUCUUAUCCUGUGUUUACCUGACCAGGUGUCUUAUCCUGUGUUUACACGACUAGGGUGUCUUAUCCUGUGUUUACACGACUAGGGUGCCUUAUCCUGUAUUUACACGACUAGGGUGUCUUAUCCUGUGUUUACACGACUAGGGUGUCUUAUCCUUGUUUACACGACUAGGGUGUCUUAUCCUGUGUUUACCUGACUAGGGUGUCUUAUCCUGUGUUUACACGACUAGGGUGCCUUAUCCUGUAUUUACACGACUAGGGUGUCUUAUCCUUGUUUACACGACUAGGGUGUAUGUUAUCCUGUGUUUACCUGACUAGGGUGUCUUAUCCUGUGUUUACACGACUAGGGUGUCUUAUCCUUGUUUACACGACUAGGGUGCCUUAUCCUGUGUUUACCUGACUAGUGUGUCUUAUCCUGUGUUUACACGACUAGGAUGUCUUAUCCUUGUUUACACGACUAGGGUGCCUUAUCCUGUGUUUACCUGACUAGGGUGCCUUAUCCUGUGUUUACCUGACUAGGAUGUCUUUACAUGUGUUUACCUGACUAGGGUGUCUUAACCUGUGUUUACCUGACUAGGGUGUCUUUACAUGUUUUUACCUGACCAGGGUGUCUCUACCUGUGUUUACCUGACUAGGUGUCUUUAUGUUUUAAGGCAAGGAUGUCAUUACCUAUGUUUGUAGGCCUGGGUGUAUGAUAUCCUAUUGCUGUAUAAACACACUGAAACCCUACUGGUGUACAUAUACAUGCUGAAAUCCUACUGGUGUACAUAUACAUGCUGAUACCCUACUGGUGUACAUAGACAUGCUGAUACCCUACUGGGGUACAUAGACAUGCUGACACCCUACUGGUGUACAUAGACAUGCUGAAACCCUACUGGUGAACAUAGACAUGCUAAAACCCUACUGGUGGACAUAGACAUGCUAAAACCCUACUGGUGUACAUAGACACGCUGAUACCCUACUGGUGUACAUAGACAUGCUGACUCCCUACUGGUGUACAUAGACAUGCUGAAACCCUACUGGUGAACAUAGACAUGCUAAAACCCUACUGGUGGACAUAGACAUGCUGAAACCCUACUGGUGUACAUAGACAUGCUGCUACCCUACUGGUGUACAUAGACAUGCUAAAGCCCUACUGGUGUACAUAGACAUGCUGAUACCCUACUGGGGUACAUAGACAUGCUGACACCCUACUGGUGUACAUAGACAUGCUGAAACCCUACUGGUGUAUAUAGACAUGCUAAAACCCUACUGGUGUACAUAGACAUUCUGAUACCCUACUGGUGUACAUAGACAUGCUAAAGCCCUACUGGUGUACAUAGACAUGCUGAUACCCUACUGGUGUACUUAGACAUGCUAAAACCCUACUGGUGUACAGAGACAUGCUGAAACCCUACUGGUGUAUAUAGCCAUGCUAAAACCCUACUGGGGUACAUAGACAUGCUGAUACCCUACUGGUGUACUUAGACAUGCUAAAACCCUACUGGUGUACAUAGACAUGGUGAUACCCUACUGGUGUACAUAGACAUGCUGAAACCCUACUGGUGUACACAGACAUGCUGACACCCUUCUGGUGAAUACAUAUGCUGAUAUGCCCAUGGUAUAUAUACAUGCUGAAACCCCACUGGUAUAUAUAUAGACAUGUUGAUACCCUCAUGGUAUAUGGACAUAUGCCUGCUUAUACACUACUGGUAUAGUAGACAUGUUGAUACACAACUGGUAAAAAGGCAUGCUGGAUACACUACUGGUUUAUAGACAUGCUUGAUACUCUACUGGUAUAUAGGCAUGCUGAUACCCUACUGUAUUGGUAAACUGUACUCAGUAUAUACUUUGUUGUAGAGACAAGCUGAUAUACUUGUGUACAGGUGUGCUGAUACAAAACGGAAGUACCUGGAAGGGCAUUCUGAUGCCCCUGUUAACAGUACAGGUUUUCCUAUUUUACACUGAUGUAAGGUCUUGCCAAUACCUUACCUGAGUGUUCUGGUGCUGGUAUCAUACUUAAGUAUGGCACUACUGACACCCAUUUUGCUGAGCAGGUCAGGUCUGGACAAUUUAAAAAAAAAUCUGUAACUGCUGGUUGGGUAAAAUUGACCUGUGGCAUCAAAUUAUAUUAAGAUAUGACUUUCUAUUGUAAUUUAAAGUGGAUGGUGUGUUUAGUGAUAUUAUGUUUGAUGUAAGAAUGAGUUGAUAAGGUAUCUAAUUAAUGGUUUGUACACUUCCAUUAUACAUUAUACAGAUGUCUGGCUGGGCUGUAUGUAUGGUAUCUAGUAGACAUUAUACUGAUGUCUGGCUGGGCUGUAUGUAUGGUAACUAGUAGAUGGUUUAUAUAUUUCCAAUAUACAUGUACUGAUGUAUGGCUGGGCUGUAUGUAUGGUUACUAGUAGACAUUGUUUGGUAACUAGUAGAUGGUUUAUAUAUUUCCAAUAUACAUGUACUGAUGUAUGGCUGGGCUGUAUGUAUGGUAUCUAGUAGACAUUAUACUAAUGCAUGGCUGGGCUGUAUGUAUUGUAUACUUCCAUUAAAAUGAUGUAUGUCAGACGUUGGUGUGUGUAAGGUAACCAGUAAGUGGUAUGUAUACUUCCAAUAUACAUGUACUGUUGUAUGGCUGGGAUGUAUGUAUUGUAACCAGUAAAUGGUCUGUAUACUUACAUUAUACUGAUGUAAAGUUGAUUUAUCUAUAGUAUAUGAUACAGUUGUUUUAAUGCUUACCCUUCCUAAACAUUUAACCUUAGGUGCUGGUCGUUGACCAUGUGUUACAGUGCGCAAUGACAAAGGUUGAGUGCAGUAUAACAUUCUAUGUUAUGGGAAGACAUUAAAUAACUGUUUUGUUACAGUUAAUAGUAAUAUCAAACAUACUUUAUUGACUCACUUGCAAUUUGCUGUGAUGCCAGUUCUUCAAUUUAAAUUUCCAUAAAAAUUUGCCUACAUGACAACAGUUUUAAAUUACUCAACCAAUUUUGACUUUUUUUCUUCGUGGGUUUUUAAAACUAUACUUCGCUAGGUCACAUGACCAUGUAUUCACGCAGUACAUCAAUUUUCAAUAAUUGAUUUCAGUACUAUACAUAUAGGAUCGUGUAAUAAAGAUCAUUAUGCUGCCAUUAGACUAUUAUACUGAUGUAUUUACUGGACACUCAACAGUAGAGGUGAGAUAAAAUCCAAGAUGGCGGACCAUGUUGAAAUUAUGUGAACAGGGGGGUUGCUCGCAAUUAAGCCCCCCCCCCCAAACACACACUUUUGGCCCAUCUUUUUUUCUCAGGAAGGGGGGCUUAUUGCCGUUAAAUAGGGUAUGUAUGUAGACCAUUACACUGAUGUAUAUAGGUAUAUAGACCAUUACACUGAUGUAUAUAGGUAUAUAGACCAUAACACUGAUGUAUAU